UUUCCUCAUCACGUGAGACUUGUGCUUGUCGUCUUCUAUAGUCGUGCGGUCGAGCCGGUUUAACUCCAUUCUGCGUCCUCCGAAAUUCCGCUGAGCCGCCGUCUUAACUUCCUAAGUCCCAUGUUGAAGGAACACUUACUCCUCACACAUGAUCAAUGCAAGACAUGAACCUGAUACCAGGUGGGACUUCAAAACUUUACUGACGCGCGGCUCGAGACGCCCCUCGCCCGCCCGGGGAGCUGAGAUGCUUCGCACGUUGAAGCUGAGCGUCCUUCUGCAGGGCCUGACCCUGUUGCUGUCUGGCCCUGCCUGUGAAGCCUCGUCCCUGGGACUGACAGUCCACGUUGUGCCCCUGGACAGCGAUGGAGGGAAAACGGUGCGGGCCCAUUUCACCGCCAUCGCCCCCACUCCUUGUCCCGGUCUGUCUGGCGUGUGCGCCCAAGGGGAGGACUGUCUGGUCCACACCACCUCGUCCCCCUUCACCGGCUCCAAACCCGAGUCUGGCUGGUGCGUCCGCCAGUGGCAGAAGAACGUCCCCAGUAACUACAACGGCACCGUCACUUUGGGGUCCGACACCGAGAUGUACGUAUCAAUGAAAGCAGGACCACAGGUCCGGGAAAACAGCGGGAGACUCAAUCACCCUCCUUUCGUGGCCCUUCCUCCUCCACUAAGGGCCCGUGUGAACUGCCCUCACCACUUCCACCUGUCGGCGAAGGACCUGGACGGGGACCGGGUGCGAUGCCGCUUUGCCCGGCCCGAACACGGCGAGUGUCUCGGCUGCACUCGGCACUCCUUCAUGGAACUGGAUGAGGAGAAGUGUAUGUUGACUUUCACCGGAAAAGCAUCAGCGGGGCGGUAUUUCAUCUACCUGAUGGCAGAGGACCUGAUUCCUGUGCCCAAAAUCAUCCAAAUAUCGGACAACGCGCCGCUCAGCUCCGUCCCCGUGCACCUCUCCCUGACCGUGGAGGAGUCGACCUCCAGCUGCAGCGACGAGCCUGUGGCGUCGAGCGAGACGCCCGAGCGGGACGCCACGCUGUUUGUCCUGCCGUACCAAGAGAUGAAGUUCAACGUCCACUUCAUGUCACAGCUGGAGAGUGUUUUAGAGGUGGCGGUGGUCGGCCCCCCUGAACUCUACAGGGUUGGCUUCACAUCCGUCGGCCCCCUGUCAGUGAUGACCAUGGCCUGGGUCCGCUCCCAAAACAACCUGACCCAACUUCUGCCCAUCUGCUUCGCUGCGAACACCAAGAGUUUGCAGUCCGAGCCCAGAUGUGUGUGGCUGUACCAAAGGGAAAUGAGGACACUACCUGCUGGAACAGAGCUGACGUGUGAGAAGACAGAAAUGAUUCUCGUGCUGCCGGUCGCCUCCCUGACUAACAUCAAGCUGGAGGAACUGCAGCUCAACAGCCCCACCUGUCCUGUCAGCUACAACGACACGCACCUCACCGCGCGCAUCGCCCUGAAUGGCUGCGGCACCAAGACUUUGAAUGCCGGUUCCGAGCUGGUUUACACCAACACCCUGCAAAGCGUGCGUCCCUUCACUUUGGUCAGCCGGAGGCCCUUCCUCAUCCUCCCUCUGGCCUGCCGGAUCCCUGGGGCCCAGGUGAAGGGACCGCACUACGAGGUCGCCAUGCCCACAGAGACGGAGGUCUUCGGCGAGGUCAAAUAUGAGAUCGCAAUUUACCUACCGGGCGAGGGACCCCUGGCAAAUUACACGCGCUUUGCCCAGUUACGCAACAUCCAAAGAUCUGCGGUACGAGUGCGACGAGAGGUGGAAUCGCGAUCAGACGGGAACGCCACCUCCACUGGCUCCAAUAGCAGUGGGGCCAUCGGGUCCCGGAUCAACCAGCUGGACCUCCAUGUGAUGUCCAACUGCACCCUGGAUCGAGCUGAGCUGUUAGUGAGCCAAUGUGUCGAGUCUGAGACGGAGGACUUUGAAGAGACCAGACCCUUGCUGAGCCAAGGGUGCGCGGCUAGCAACAGCACAUUCGAGGUUGUCACGACACAAUCCAACUCCAGGGUUUACCGCCUCAAUUUGAACAAUGUGGAGACCAAGGGGUCGACGAUGUACGUCCAGUGCACAGUCAAUCUGUGCAUCGCCACCUUGCCGUCCCAGAAGUGCCCCGAUCUGUGUUCCCGCUCCGUCAGUACUAGAACAGUGGUCAACAGUGUGUUUACCAAAUCCUACACCAUCCAAUCAGGACCCGUCAGCCUUGUGUUCACCACUCCACAACCAUCCACUCUCAGCACAAUUACACCCGCCACUACUACAACAGCACCUACUACUACUACAACAACGACUACUACUGUUACAAGUACCGCAACUCCUACUGACACCACCACUUCACAUGCUCCAGAAAAGGCCUCAUCCAUGGCAGCAGGAGUGAUUUUAACAACUAUCGGCAUAUUUCUUCAGAAGGUCGUUCUUCAUUGAACCGUUUUGCUGCACUAUGACCUUUCAGAAUAUUUUAAGAUUCAUUCCCAAGCGUGGAUUCCCAUGAUUCCAUUGUGCUGUACAUUCUAAGCUUAUUUAGGGAAUCAAUUAAAAGCUUAUUUUUUGUAAACCAAUUUUUCUUUGGAUCCAUGGGGAAUCCGUUGCAUGUCAUUGCUCUUCUCCCGAAGAAACUAUGAUCUUCUCCCCUCACUUCCUAACAGUUUGCUUCUGUUUGUAGCACAAAAAAUAUAUUUGAUACCGAGUGAGAAUAAUUUUCUCAUUAAUAAAACUUGAUAAAAAUA